AUGAACUCGAUUUUGCUAAUACAAAUUCUGCUCUAUCAUGGGGUUGUAUUCAGCCGAUUCGUUCCAGAAGCACAGAACGAGCCCACCAUUGUCUCGUGGUCCAACAAAGAGUACAUCGUUUACCCAGACUUGUAUAAAAUACGAAUCAAUGCUAAACACACCCCAGCUAUUGACAAUGACCAUGCAAUAGAUUUACAAACAGCAAAGACCGAUGAAUCAGGUAGCAGCUCAAGAAAAGUAAAUAAACUACAUAACUAUGUAACGAUUGAUUGUAAAGAUACUUUUAAUGACAAAAUUAUAUCCAGUGACUCAAAUCACUUAAUCACACCUGUUCAUUCAGACGAAAAAGAUUCUGUGAACGCAGCUCAUGAUGCAAACAAAAAUCUUAUAAAAGAUAUAACAGAUGAUUCGCAUCAUGAUCUAAGACCGAUUGAUUCAGAUGCACAUCACUCGGUUACUGACACAAAUGACAAUUCGAAUCAUUCGAAGCAUGAAGCAAAAACAAAUUAUACGACAGAAGCUGUGAGUGAUAGUGAUGAUUCAAUUUCGAAAUCUUUUCAUUUGAACGAGAAAGAAUUGAAAGAAUUCGAAAAAAAUAUUAUGAAUGAUUUCGAAAACAUAUUAAAUAAAGUUCUUCAUAAUAAAACGAAUCAAAAAGGCGAUAAAGGUAAUUCUAAAGGACUUAAUAAGCAAGAAAUUCGGAGUUAUUUGGACGAAUUGAAAGAAUCCAUCAAUGAUAUGCUUAAGGCUUACAAUCAUGUUGAUGAUACGGUUCGCAGUCAAGUCGGUAAUGACGAACCAGAAGUCCAACUACCGAACAAUCAAACUGUAGACGUUAAUCGAGAGAAGCGCAUCGGAGACGUGAUACAAGAAAAAAUUGCAGUCAAUUUGGACCACUACUUUCAAGAGCACGACGCUAAUGUUAAUAACAAUGUCAAUGAGCCAACGAAUGAGGUUAAUGCAGAUCCAAACGCUGAUAAUGCGAGUGUAAGCAAAAAAUGUUAUUGUGGUACUGUUGGUGGACAUAAAAAUUAUGAAGAUCACAAUGCCCAAUUUAGUCCAGCAAGCGUUGCCAACGAAGAUUAUCCGGACAAGCUGAAAGUGAAUCUAUUUAGCGCCAAUUCUAUUCGUAAAAAUAACGUUCUUAAUUUGUUCGUCCUUAAAGUCGAUCCUAAAGAAAGUUUCGAAAUCAAAUUGAAUAAUAAAAAUGAAAAGCACCCGAAUUUUGGUGAGGAAGUAGUCGGAGGAGGAAAUAAAGGAAAUAAUAAUGAAAAUUCUGAUAAAGAAAUUAAUAAAACUCCAGAAGAAUUCACUGAUAUUUCUGAUAAAACUGAUCUGAAAUUACCAGGAGAUAAUAAGGAACAGGAGUUAAUUAAUGACGACAAUUCAAAAGAAUAA